AUACACUUCUUGGAGAGGUGAAAUGUUCCCCUGUGAUGUGUCUCAUGGCGUGUCAGUUUGGAUUCAGAAAGAAUCAACAUGGCUGCACAAUCUGCCGGUGUAAUCCUCCACCGAAUGCAUUAUAUCCAGCUACUUUUGAUGAUGGAUGUCCACCUGUAACGUGUUUGUCCAACUGUCCAAAUGGCUAUGUUAAACUCGAUGGUUGCCGAACAUGUGAAUGCAACCUUCCAGAGCCAUUCAUUUCAUCCAAUGAAAAUGAAAACGAUGUUGAAGCGUCCAAGAAACCUAAAUGUCCUAAAGAACGAUGUCUCGAAUGGUGUGAAUUCGGAUAUACGAAGGAUAAAAAUGGAUGCCAGCGAUGCAAUUGCUACAUCCCUCCCGAGGACGCCAACUGUCAACCAAUAGACGAGAUCUGCCCCAUGGAUUGUCCAGUUGACUACACAUUGAUGGAGAACGGAUGUAUGGACUGCAUAUGUAAGGACUGCAGUGUGCCCGAGGAUUGUGAAUUAAACUGUCCUCAAGGAUACGUAUUUGAUGACUUUGGAUGUGCAAUAUGCAAGUGCACUCCUGAAGAACUAGACUCGGCAUCUGAUAUAUUUGAUGUUCGAAGUAUAUGUGAACCAUUUCAGUGUUUCAAAUCGUGUGAUAUGGGAUAUGAAAGAGAUAUAAAUGGAUGCGAAAUAUGUUCGUGCAUUACCCUUGGUAAGGAUAUUAACGAUAGAUUUAAUGACAACUACAAAGAUUACAAUGAGUAUGGCGAAGACUUCGUUCCUCAGAUAGCUCAUGAUAUUGAGGCCAAAGAUGAAUCUUUCUUUAUGCAGGCCGACUCUCCCAUACCUUACAAUUGCCCAAAAGUGGUAUGCUACAGGCACUGUCCUUUCGGAUUUGCCUACGAUAGAAAUGGCUGUAAGAAGUGUGAAUGCAGGAAAGUCUGCCCAUCAGUAAGAUGCAAAAUGAUUUGUCCAAGUGGCUUUCAACGCGAUUUCAAUGGUUGUAUGGUGUGUAAAUGUAAUGGAGACACCGCAGGACCUUCAAUAGACUCUUCUGGACAACAACCUUCUUCUGGUUCUGUUGGACCAUUUGAACCCAAAGGCCCUGCUAUAGAUCCACAUGGACCACAAAGACCUGUUAGACCGACACGUGUUUGCCAGCCUGUAGAGUGCAAAGGAUUGGUGUGUGAAGAUGGAUACGCCAUUGAAAAGGGUUGUGUUUUGUGUAGAUGCGGAUUGGCACAUUUACCACGAGUUCAGACUCUUCCAACUAAUCAAUGUAGCAAGUUUGAAUGUAGACUAAAAUGUCCUGGCCCAUAUGCUGUUGAGGAUGGAUGCCCUAUUUGUGGAUGUGCAGUAUCCUCAUAUACUCGAGACGCCGUCGCUCCUCCCCCAAGGCUGGAUAAUGGCAGAUGUCCAGUAGUAUCAUGUACUCUUCGUUGUCCCAAUGGCUUUUCAAUUGAAAAGGGAUGCACUCUUUGUCGAUGUGCACUCCCUACAUUACCAAGAGUUAUGUCAGUUCCUUUGAAACCAUGUCGUCCUUUAACAUGUCGUCGUAGAUGCAAAACUCCGUAUCCUCUUGAACAUGGCUGCCCAACAUGCAGGUGCUUGCAAAAUGAUAACCCUGUUUGCAGCCCGGUCAAGUGUAGAAUAUAUUGCAGAUAUGGAUUUGAGAGAGAUGAAACUGGUUGUGAGAUAUGUAGAUGUGUGCAAUUGAAACCUGUCAUCGAUCCACCCGAACCAGCCAUGCCAGGACAGAAUGCUGCAUCUCCAUCGAAACCAUAUACAUGUCCUAAAGUUGCAUGCCAAAUGUACUGUCUUAAUGGGUUCAUGAAGGACGCCAAUGGAUGUGAUAUAUGUCAGUGUGCGUCUGCCGAUAAUGAAGUUGAAGAACCGACAAACUGUCCCAGAGUCUCUUGUCUGAUGUACUGUCCUCGUGGUUUCAAACGAGAUCGCAGAGGUUGCUAUUUAUGUGAAUGUAACAAACCUCCACAACCAAGGAUGCAAAAUCCACGGAAGAAACCACAUGAGCAAAACCGACGGUUACAACAUAACCCGCAUUCAGAACGAGGCUUGACAGAAAAUAAGAUUGAAUGUCCAAAUGUUGUGUGUAAUAUGUACUGUCCAUUCGGGUUUACUAAAGACGGGAAUGGAUGUCACGAGUGUCAAUGUGCUCAACCAAUGCCUAAAGUACAAUGUCCACAAAGACAGUGUAGGAAGUACUGUAAGUUUAGCUUUAGAAAGGACGAGAAUGAAUGUACUGUAUGUGAGUGUGCAGCCCAAAAUUCAUCCCCGAAAACCUGCAGCAGAGCCAAGUGUCACAUGUACUGCCCUUUCGGGUUUUCACAAGACGAAAAUGGAUGUGAAGUUUGCUCUUGUGCUAGACCUCCCUCGGAUUCAUCACCUGUAGAAGAAGAGUGUUCACCAGUACGCUGCUUUAUGUACUGCAAAUAUGGUUUCAUGAAAAAUGAAAAAGGUUGUGAAAUUUGUGCAUGUGCCGAGGCAGGAGAGGGAAAUGCACAACAGGAACAGAAAUGUCCACAAAAGAGAUGCAAGAUGUACUGUAAGAAUGGGUUUGCAAAAGAUAGAAAUGGAUGUGAAAUUUGUCGCUGCAACACCAGUAGACCCCCUCCCCCUCCUGUCCCAGCAGUGAAGUCUGAAUGCAGGGAUGUUUGUAAAGUGUAUUGUAAAUUUGGGUAUAAAAAGAAUGAACGAAAUUGCGAUAUAUGUGAAUGUGCAUCGCCACAGUCUGCAUUUCAAAUAUGUUCAAACGUGCGAUGCGCCAUGUAUUGCCCAUUAGGUUUUACACAGGACCCAAACACAGGAUGUGAGGUUUGUGAAUGCAAGAAACCUUCCUCCAUUGCCCCAGAUAAUGGUGUAUGCUCCCCCCUUAAGUGCAAAAUAUAUUGUCCUUAUGGGUUUGUAAUAGAAGAACACUGUCCCGUGUGCAGAUGCGCUAAUCCACCCAGGAGAAGCGUCCUUGACACAAGUUGUGAACCCGUGCGUUGCAUGAUGUAUUGCAGAUAUGGUUUCAAAAAAGAUGAAAAUGAUUGUGAAAUUUGUGAAUGUGAAAGCGAGGCUAUUCAAAUUGAAUGUCCGGAUGUACAAUGUAGAAUAUACUGCCAUGACGGUUAUGCUACUGAUGAAAAUGGUUGUGAAAUAUGUAGAUGUGCAGAUCUAGAGAAAAGUGAAAAUCCACCGGGUCCUCCCCGUGUUGAAGCCAGUAGUGAAGAAUUGAAAGGCUCUAUGGUAGAAUGUCCAAAAAUAAGAUGUCAGUUAUAUUGCAAAUAUGGUUUCAGAAAAGGAAUCAAUGGAUGUGAGAUAUGCGAGUGUUCUCGAGAUGAUGGGACUUUAGAUGGUCAUCAAUGUCCAAGAGCCAUCUGUGGAAUGUAUUGUCCAUAUGGUUUCAUAAAGGAUAGGCAUAAUUGCGAAAUAUGUGAAUGUCAGACUAAACCCACACCUAAAGUUCAAAUGGCGAAAGAGUGCCCAAAAAAUCAAUGUUUCAUGCGAUGUAAGUUUGGUUUCAUGAAAGAUUCAGAAGGUUGUGACAUCUGUAAAUGUAACAGGCGUCCUAUCCGAUCAACACCUUUAGAGAACACUGAAUGUCCCGGGGCCCUGUGCUUAAUGUACUGUCCAUUUGGAUUUAAAAAUGACAAAAGGGGGUGUACCAUAUGCGAGUGUGCUGAACCUGUACCGUCCAAACAAAACAUAGAGAAGAAACAAUGCCCCAUGUUCCAAUGUCAGAUGUACUGCCAAUUCGGAUAUAAACUUGGAGGAGACGGUUGUGGCCUAUGUGAAUGCAAUAGCCCUAGAACACCAACAUCUCCUGAUAUUGAAAUUGAAUGCCCUGUGUCAGCUUGCCCUAAUUUUUGUGAAUAUGGCUACAAGAUUGACGAGUUUGGUUGCGAGAUGUGUGAGUGCAAAGACCCUAUACCAAAUUGUAAGUCAUUAGAUGAGAUAUGCCCCCAGGAUUGUGCACUUAAGUAUGGAACUGAUGCAAACGGAUGCCCUACUUGUGAAUGUCUCCCAUGUCCAGAAUUGCAAUGUGAACUAAAUUGUCCAGAUGGAUAUAAUUAUGAAUAUGGCUGUCCGAUUUGCGAAUGUGCUUCAGAAGACUGGACUUUGCAGGGUGAUGAACCAAUUCUACAAUGUAGAGAUUUGCACGAGCUGUGUCCUCUUGAUUGUCCAUUAAAGUACCACAUUGAUGAAUUCGGCUGUCCAACGUGUGAAUGUGCUGGGUGCCCGGUCCUGAAUUGCGCCACGACAUGUCCAUAUAAGAGAAAGAAAGAUGACAAUGAUUGUGAGACUUGUGAAUGCGAAACCCCUGUCCCAAUGCCCCAAGAAGGGGGUGACUUUCAAUGUCCAAAGUUCAACUGUCGUAUGUACUGCAAGUUUGGAUACGAUCAGGAUGAAAAAGGAUGUGGGAUAUGUAGGUGUAAGGACACACCAUCCGUUCCCGUCCCUCAGAAUUCAAAAUGCAGUAACAUUGACUGCCAAAUGUAUUGUGAAUAUGGAUUCAAAUUGGACGAAAAUGGAUGCCAAACAUGUGAAUGUAAAUCUAAUCCUUUGAUUAAUAAUGUUGUGGAAUUGUCAAAAUGCUCUAACGUUGCCUGUAACAUGUACUGUCGAUUCGGGUUCAAAGUAGACAAUAAAGGAUGUCCAAUGUGUGUCUGCAAUGAAAGACCGAUUAUCGCACCUAGGAUGAAGAAUGUAAAUGUUCAGUGUUCUAAUGCGGUUUGUAAAAUGUACUGCAGAUUUGGUUUCAAAACAGAUGAGAAUGGUUGCCAGAUAUGUGAGUGUAACGAACAACCAAUACCAACUUCUCAGGGGGAGAAGUGUUCAAAGACUGCUUGCAAAAUGUACUGUCGAUAUGGAUUCGAAGUCGAUGAAAAUGGCUGCCAAAUUUGUCAAUGUAAUACCAGAGAACCAUUCAAAUGCCCUAAAGUUAAUUGUUUUAUAGCAUGUAGGCAUGGAUUUAGAAAAGAUCAAAAUGGGUGUGACACAUGUGAAUGUUUUGAGCCAAUAGGUCGUUUGGAUCUCCUCGAGGAGAAAACAUGUCCAGUAUUUGUCUGCUACAAAUAUUGCAAGUUUGGCUAUGUUUUGGACAAAGAUGGAUGUGGACAGUGCGAAUGUGAGGAUAUAAAACCAAAAUUGCAGCUUAAUCUAAAGAAGUGUCCAACAGAAUCAUGCAGUAUGUAUUGUGAAUAUGGGUACAAACAAAACUCAAACGGUUGCAACAUAUGUGAAUGCGCAGACGGUGUCCGAGCAAAGAUAAAUGACAAUGUAUGCCCAGAGAAAAAUUGCAGAAUGUACUGUGAAUACGGAUUUCAAACUGAUGUAAAAGGGUGCGACAUUUGUAAAUGUAAAUCUCCACCUGUUGCAAAGCAAUGUCCAGUUUUUGUUUGUCUAAAGUACUGUCAAUAUGGUUACAAGCUUGGGGAGGAUGGGUGUGGUCAGUGUCAGUGCACAGGUGAAUAUUCUUCUGAAGAUGAAGACAUAUCUGCCGAAUUCAAGAAUGAAAAUGAAAUGGAGGAUUUGGAAACCUUCUGUCCAAAAGUUGCAUGUCAAAGGUACUGUGAGUAUGGCUAUAAGACAAAUGGAAAUGGUUGCAAGAUGUGUCAAUGUAAACGAAAACCAAAACCGGAUGUGGGCUCUAAACAUAAAUGUCCAAAAACAGCUUGCCUGAUGUAUUGCGAAUUUGGAUUCAAGGUGGAUGAACAUGGGUGUGAAAUAUGUGAAUGCAACACAUUUGACGCCGUUGAAAUUGGAGUUGAUGAUGUUGAAUGUCCAGAAUAUAGUUGCUUAAUGUACUGCCGAUUUGGCUACUUAAAGGACACUCGUGGCUGUCCUAUAUGCUCCUGUGAACACCCCAAGCAAGAAACGACAUGCCAAGAUUUAGAUGAAAUUUGCCCUUAUGAUUGCCCAUUGGAAUACGGAAAAGAUAAAAAUGGAUGCACUACUUGUGAAUGUGGAGCAUGCGCACCAGUUGAGUGUAAUCUGCCAGAAUGUCUCUUUGGCUAUGAGGUCGAUGAAUUAGGUUGUGAAAUAUGUGCAUGUGCCGCUCCCGUCUCAAACGAGAUAAAUAAUGAUGAUACUUCCUCGAUAGAGUGUUCAAAUGUAGCUUGUCAAAUGUUCUGUGAACACGGUUUCGUGAAGGACGAUAAUGGAUG